AUGCCUGCCAUCACUGCGAAGCCAACUAAAAAUCAGCUGAAGAGAGCGAAGCGGAAAGCGAAGAAGAAUGAGCUAAAAUCUAGUGAAAAUUCUCCUGCGCCGAAAGGCGAUACGGUGGAGGAGGUUGUUGAGACGAAGGAUUAUAAGCAAAAUCGCCCUCUGUCAUCGAAACAUUCUCCAUCUGAGGCUGCUCCGCCGGAGCGCAACGACAGCGGCAACGCCAAUGUAGACGGAAACACGAACACAAACGCAGACACAAACCCAACCGACCCUGAAAACCUCUACGACUCCCUCGACCCUCUCUACGAGAUGUACAGAGACGUUCUCACCAAAUUCGAAAAACUCGAAAGGAACGAAGACUCCCUUUCCAAAGAACCCGACAAGCCCGAAGUAUAUUUCGACGACGACAAUGACAUCCCAGACGAAGAAGAAGAAGCCACCGGCCCCAAACUCUCCAAAAAGAAACGCAAGGAAAUGAACAAGCUCUCCGUUGCCGAACUGAAAGCCCUAGUCCGAAAACCAGAAACGGUCGAGUGGACAGAUACCUCCGCCUCCGAUCCACGACUACUAGUGCACAUCAAAGCGUACCGCAAUGUCGUCCCAGUGCCAACCCACUGGUCCCUGAAGCGCGAAUACCUCUCCUCAAAACGCGGUGUCGAAAAGCCCCCCUUCGCCCUGCCCAAAUUCAUCCAGGAAACCGGCAUCGCCGAAAUGCGCGACGCAGCCCUCGAGAAACAGGAACAAGCAACCCUAAAGCAAAAGCAGCGCGAACGCGUCCAGCCCAAAAUGGGCAAGUUGGACAUCGACUACCAAAAGCUCUACGAAGCCUUCUUUCGCUUCCAGACUAAGCCCGAAUUAACCCGCUACGGUGAGGUGUACUACGAAGGCAAGGAAUACGAAACGAACCUUCGCCACCUGCGGCCUGGUGAGCUGAGCGAUGAGCUCAAAGAUGCAUUGAAUAUACCACCCGGCGCCCCCCCGCCAUGGCUCAUUAACCAACAACGCUUCGGCCCGCCUCCGUCGUAUCCUGCGCUGAAGAUACCCGGUCUCAAUGCCCCGCCCCCCCCUGGGGCUAUGUGGGGUUACCACCCCGGCGGAUAUGGAAAGCCACCUGUCGACGAGCAUAACCGGCCGUUAUACGGUGGUGAUAUUUUCGGUGUCUUACAGACGCAGUCUAAUGUGCAGCUAGGAGAGCCUGUGGAGAAGGAGUUGUGGGGAGAGUUGCAGGCGCCGGAGGAAGAGGAGGAGGAGGAAGAGAGUGAGGAGGAAGAGGGUGGGAGUGGGGAUGAGGGAGAUGAGGAGGAAGGGCGUAUGAGGAUGGGACUGCAGACGCCUAGUGGCUUGGAGACGCCGAGCGGAAUGGUAUCGACGAUUCCGUCGGAGUUUGGAGGGGCGGAAAGUGUUGUUGGUGCCAGCGGGGAGUUUGAUGUGCGGAAGCAUACGCGCGGGACGGAGACUGAAGAGUCGCCUGCUGCAUACCAUAGGUCGGCCUACACAGUUGUUCCUGAGCGGACAACGGCUGUUAAGGGGUUCUUUGGCGGGGAUCGGGCGUAUGAUCUUAAAGCGGCGGCUGCAUCUGCAUCUACAUCUGGCGCAGCUGCGCACGGUAAUCUCCCCGUGCUUGGUGUGGAUGAUCAGAGCCGCAAGCGGAAGAAGCCCGGUGAUGUGGACGUUUCUGUGGAUUUGGAUGCGAUGCAGGGGAGCGAUGGGACUGGGAUUGAUAAGGAGAGGUUGAAGGGGUUGUAUGAGAAGGGGAGGAGGGAGGAGGGUGUUGCGGGUGUGGGGAGUGCGAAUUGGGGGUUUCAGGAAGAUUUGAGUGAUAUGAUUGCUAGUGAGAGUCGGAAGAGGUUGAAGAAGGAGGAGGAGAAGAGAGGGAAGAGGUAG